UAGUAGGAUCCAUCUGUAUAAGCCCAAUGUCCCGACAAGAUCCUUGCGGUCCGAAGCUAUUAGACACCAUGUGUAAAUCAUGCAAGUGACUGACUAAUGUCAAUUGGACAUUUGGUUCAAAAUUCAAGUUUCAUGCGCUGUGUCAUGUUGUUUUUCUGUUGUUAGUCUGAGUGAGGAAGGAGUGGUGCAUGACGAUAGCGAAGAUGAUGUAUCCUUAAAGAGAGAGAGUGUCCAUGCUGAGUUGUGAGUUUCUCCUCCCGCGGUAUAAAAGCUCUUCUCUCUCCAUCCUGCCGCAGUCUGCAUCCGGUUUAGAGAUGAGCUACCCACUGGACCACCUCUACGGCCACGGCUCCUACCGCAGGGCACCACAGGGCCACUCUGCCCGGCCCGCGGCUUCCCUCUCCUCCUCUGGCUUCCACUCCCAGCCCUGGACGACCCCCCAGCUCCGCCGCCAGGCCUACAGCCAGACACCCUCCGCCGACAGCUUGGAGAUCUUUAACAGCGACAUGACUCGAAGGAACGAGAAGGAGAUUCUGCAGACACUCAAUGACCGGUUCGCCAGCUACAUCGACAAGGUACGGAACCUCGAGCUGAUGAACUCGAAUCUGGAGCAGGAAGCGGCUGCGCUGCGACAGAGCCAGACCGGGCGCGCUACUGUGGGAGAGCACUAUGAGCACGAGCUGGGGAACCUAAGGGGUCUGGUCCAGCAGCUGACCGGAGAGAAGGCACGCGCACUCUUGGAGCAAGACCACCUGGAAGAGGAUAUCCAGCAUGUGCGGACCAGGCUCGAGGACGAGGCACGCAGCAGGGAGGAGCUGGAGGCCAAGGCACGCGUCAUGAACAAGUAUGUGGAUGAGUCUGGGCUCGCGCGGCUGGAGCUGGACAAGAAGCUGUGCGUGCUGCAGGAAGAAGCCGCGUUCCUGAAGAAGAACCACGAGGAGGAGGUGGCCGAGCUGCUAGCACAGAUCCAGGGUGCACAGGUGAGCUUCGAGGCUCGAGACACAAUCAAGGCGGACGUCACGAGCGCCCUGCGGGAGAUCCGCGCUCAGCUGGAUGGCCACGCGACCAAGAGCGCAACGCAUGCGGAGGAAUGGUUCAAAGUGCGUAUGGAGCGGUUGGCAGAUGCAGCUCACUCUAACACAGAUGCGAUCCGCGGUGCCCAGGAUGAGAUAGCAGAAUACAGACGGCAGCUGCAGAGCCGCACCAUCGAACUGGAGACCCUCAGAGGUACCAAGGACUCUCUGGAGAGACAAUGCAUGGAGACUGAGGACAGACACCAUGGAGAUAACAAGUCACUACAGGAGACCAUUCGUCAGCUGGACGGUGAACUGAAGAGUACUAAGUGGGAGAUGGCCAGUCAGCUGAGAGAAUACCAGGAGCUGCUGAACGUCAAGAUGGCUCUGGACAUAGAGAUAGCAGCCUACAGGAAGUUGCUGGAAGGGGAGGAGACUCGGUUCAUAUCUGGGCCAAGCCUGUACUCCUACUCCUCCGCCCACCUGAAGCUGAAGGGGGAGGAGCUCUCAGACACAGUCAUACUGGAGGAACAGACGGAUGAGACACAGGUCACUGAGGUGACAGAGGAAGCAGAGGAAGAGGAAGAUGAAAAGGGAGAGGGAGAAGAGACAGAAAAGGAAGAAGAGAAGGAGGAAGAGGAAGAAGAGAAGGAGGAAGAGGAUGAGACCAAAGCUGAGGCAGAAGAGGGAGAAGGGGAAGGAGCUGAGGAUAAGGGGGGAGAGGAAGAGGAGGCAGGUGAGGAGAAAAAGGAAGAUAAGUCUAAGUCACCUGAGAAGGCUGCUUCCUCUCCAUCCAAAUCUCCCCAAUCUAAGUCUCCCCCCAAAACCCCCCAAGCCAAAUCUCCCCUCCCCAAAUCACCUGCCAAAUCUCCCGCCCCCAAAUCACCUGAAUCCAAAUCACCCCAAGCCAAAUCUCCCCUCCCCAAAUCACCUGCCAAAUCUCCUGCCCCCAAAUCACCUGAAUCCAAAUCACCCCAAGCCAAAUCUCCCCUCCCCAAAUCACCUGCCAAAUCUCCUGCCCCCAAAUCUCCCCCUGCCGUGAAAUCACCAACAUCUACAUCUCCCCCCAGCAAAUCCCCAGAGUCUAAGUCUCCCCCUCCCAAGUCCCCCCUCCCAAAGUCUCCUGAACCCAAGUCCACCAUCCAGGAGAAGGCCAUGACCCCUGCAGAAGACAAACUGGCCAAGGAGAAGAAAGAGAAGGAACAACCCCAGUCUGUAAAGGAGGAGAAGAAACAGGAGCCAGAACCAAAGGAGAAGGAGAAGAGUGAGAGCCAGCCUAAAGAGGAGAAGGUUGAGGAGACGACAGACAAACCAGAUCCCAAGGAGAGCAAGCCAGAGGAGAACCCCAAGAAGACUGAGACCUCAACACCUUCCCCUCCUGCUGCCACCCCGGCCAAGCCUGCAGAGGAAAAGCCCGCCCCCGUCAAGGAGAGCCACGGCCCUGCUAAGAAAGAAGAGGAGAAACAGGCCAAAACAGAUGAUAAACCCCAGGCAGAGGUGAAGCCUGCCCCCAAAGAAUCACCACAGAAAACAGAGAGCACAAAGGAGGAGAAGAAAGCAGAGCCCAAAGAGGAGGUGAAGAAGGAGCAUAAGGAGGAUAAGAAGGAGGACAAGAAGGAGGCCUCUAAAGCAUCCGACAGUAAAGAGGCAAAGGAUACGAAGGAGGGAGAAAAGGCAGAGACGGUCAAGAAGUCUUCUAGCACUGAGGUCAAAGAUGAGAAAGCCAAGAAGUGAGUCACUAACACACUGCGUAUGAGCCAGGAGAAGAGAGAGAGAGAUGCCAAAGAACUAUCGGGGAGGGAGGAAGGGAUGCUACUGAAGACCUGAGCAGCCUUUGUAAAGGGAAGCCAUACCAUACCAUAGCAGAGCAGAGGACAAACAGUAAACAAACAAAGCAAUAGUGUUUCUCUAGUUACUAACCCCCGGGUACUCAACCCUGAUAUGAUGCUUCUUCUAAUGUAUGACUGUAGUGAAUGCAGAAUGAUCUAAAGUAUCGAAAUGUGUCUGAUUGCCUGUCUAUAAUAACAAGUGCAUUAAAACAGCAGUAUCGCCUUGGCUGGGAGCACAGCACAGGGCCAUGUACCUUCUGAAGCCUUCAAGGGUAGAGAUGUCAACAAAUGUCUACAAAAGAUUGUGACAGAUGAAUAUAUUGUACUGUAUAUGUAUAAAGAUAUAAAUGCGUAUAUUAUAUUAACGAAUAUAAAAAGCAGAGAAAGACUACGAACCUGCAUCUUAAACAGCUCCCUGUCCAAUGGAUGUGCUGACUCACUGUGCUGUGGUCAGUAAUUAUGCUAGGCCAGUGAUGAGAACUCUGAAGUCAGGGAUGGCUGUGCUAUGUAUAAACUGCUAAGAGUAUGCAAUACAAACUGAUGAACUAAUAAAGGUUAAAACCGAAA